AUGAACGCUUUGCAGCUACUUUCUCGGUCUACAGGCCUCAAAUCAAGGACCACGAAGCCUUCACAGCCAAACCAAGCGCCAACCUCUGGACAGUCGAUAAAUACAAACCCUAUUAGUCCAUCUUCAGGUCAGAAACGAAAAAGAGAAGAUGAUGUGACCGCAACAACUUCGGUGUCACAGGAUGCCCCAACAACGCUCUCCGAAGAUGAGAUUCGGCAGUAUCAAAAGAAGCACAAGAUUAAAAUUGUGGAUUUGAAUCGUUUUCGUUCCGCUGGCAAAAUCGAAGAAUCACGAAAGGUGCAAAAAGAACAAUCGCGCAUUUUCCCCCAGCCUCUUGUCUCAUUCAGUCAACUCUCUCGGUACAACGCCAAUAAAUCCCUUGUUCGCAAUGUGUCGGAGCAGGCAUAUUUCCAGCCUACAGAAGUACAAACGGCAACCAUUCCUUUACUCCUAAAGUGCCUGUCAAAUGAUGACAAGAACCCGGAUCUGUUAACAAUCGCACCUACCGGGAGCGGAAAGACCCUCGCUUUUCUCAUCCCACUGAUAGACAAGGUGUCCAGAAGCCACCGAGAGCAGUCCGACAGCACCGAGAAACAUGUUAGUGCCAUCAUCCUGGCUCCAACAAAAGAGCUUGUAUCGCAAAUUGUUGAAGAAGGGCGAAAACUGUGCGCAAAGACAGGUGUACGAAUAACAGCCACGAGGAAGGGGAUGAGACUAUUCGGGAUGCAAGAGUCAGCCGUGGAGGAUGAUGAGUCGGAUGAUGAGUCGGAUGAUGAGGAUCGUGAUGAUGAUGAAAGAGACGAUGAAGAGAGCCAAGGCGAUCAUCCCAGAGAAUCUGCCACACUGACCAAGGCCGACAUCAUCGUUUCGACACCUCUGAGUCUUGUUCAUACGCUUUGCCCCUCAUGGGAAGAGGACGAGACAAUACCGCCCAACCCUCUCCCAACCGUGGAAACACUCAUAUUCGACGAGGCAGAUGUACUUCUGGACCCUCUCUUUCGUGCGCAAACACUCGCAGUCUGGUCGGCAUGUACAUCUCCCACUCUACGAAUCAGCAUGUGGUCGGCAACAAUUGGCUCAAACGUCGAAGAACUCGCCGUGCAAACCAUUCACGAUCGGCAGACAAGACUGAAGAUCCGCAGGAGCAAUCGGCCACCUUUACUGCGGACGAUUAUCGGGCUCAAGGACAUCAGUUUGCCGACAAUAUCACAUCGUCUAACGUACACUGCCACCGAAUCUGGAAAGUUGCUGGGUAUGCGCCAAUUGCUCCAUCCAUCUCGCUCGGGGACGACGUCGUCCGGGAAAGACGGCAACCAGGUCGCAGCUGCGGCACCGCUUCGACCACCGUUCCUCGUCUUCACCCAGACGAUAGACCGAGCACAGUCGUUGUACGAUGAGCUCAAGUACGACAUCCCAGCUCCCGCAGGAGGGUCCUCGCGAAUCGCCGUGCUGCACUCGUCUCUGCCCGCACACACACGCUCGAGCAUCAUGCAGAAUUUCAGGCUGGGCAAAAUCUGGAUUCUGAUCACGACCGAUCUUCUGUCGCGCGGCGUCGACUUUCGUGGUGUGAACGUGGUGGUCAAUUACGACAUCCCGAACACGGUGGCCGGAUACGUUCACCGUGCCGGCCGGACGGGAAGAGCCGGCCGCGAGGGCGGUGUCUGUGUCAGCUUCUACACCAAGGAGGACAUCCAAUACGUCAAGGGCAUUGCCAACGUGAUCGCGGCAAGUGAAAAAGCCCAGACUCGUCACGAGUCUGGCGGCGGAAGCAGGAAGGCAUCGACAUCGACUUCCGACGGGCAGGUGACUGGCGGAGAGGGCUUGCAGCCGUGGCUUCUACACGCGUUGCCGACCGUGUCGAAGUCUACCAGAAAGGAUCUCAAGCUCCACGGCGUCCAGUCCCGACGUGCCAUCCACGCCGACGACGACGAAAAGACCAAACGUAUGAAGCGGAAAGCCAGGAUCGGCACGCAAAGCGGCUACGAGCGGCGAGAGGUCAAUCGGAAACGGGCCGCGAUAGUCCAUAGCAUGCAGGAGAAGAGCAAGAAGCAGAAAAACACAGACCACCGGACAGCUGAGCAGGAGAACGGGGAUUGGGAAGGGUUCAAUUGA